CACACACACACUGACACGAACAAAACGAAAGCUGUGUAAAAUUAUUGAACAACUGAACAAAAUCCAAUUCCUUCGAAUCCAUCCAUUAAUGGUGUGUGUUGCCCCUAUAGAAUGAAAUCCACUCUACACACAGCAAAAUGUCGCUGAAUCUUCAAUCCAUCUUCCCAAACAAGAAUCCCACCACCUCUUCCGCUUCUCUCUCCUCCCCACCACCACCCCAUUUCCUAAAACCCCACCUCAAUUUUCCCUUCCCACCCCCAAAUUCACCAACCCAAUCCCCAAUUUCCACGUUCUCCAAACCCCAGCCCCACCUCCUCCUCCGCCGCGUCGGAAAAAAAAUCAACGCCUCUUCCGAUGAGGCAUACGCCGCCAUCGGCGUCGCCCCAAACCCCUCCAGCCUCGACGCUUUUCUCUCCGCCGUCGAAUUCCUCAGCCUCGCUUCCUCCGCGGCGGUUUCCGUCUACGUCGCUGUGGGCGGCGGAGUUUUAAAAGGGGGGGGUUUGGUUUUGGGGAGCAGGAUUCUGGUGUGGCAGUGCGUGGUUUUGGUGGGCGGUGUUUUGGUUGGGGCAGCGAUACGGCGGCGGCAAUGGAGGAGGAUCUGUGGGGCGGCGGCGGCCCCUUCUGGGGUUAAUAAUUUGUCGGCUAGGGUUGAGAAAGUGGAGGAGGAUUUGCGGAGCUCCGCAACCAUAAUUCGGGUCUUAUCCAGGCAGCUCGAUAAGCUCGGGUCACGUUUCCGGGUCACCCGUAAAGCUCUCAAAGAACCCGUUUCCGAGACAGCGGCAUUAGCGCAGAAGAACUCCGAGGCAACUCGAGCUUUGGCAGCACAAGAAGACAUUUUGGAGAACGAACUCGGUGAAAUUCAAAAUGUUCUUCUCGCUAUGCAGGAGCAACAGCAAAAACAGCUUGAGCUAAUUAUUGCAUUAGGAAAAGCUGGGAAAUUGUGGGAAACAAGAAGCGUACCAACUAAAGAUCACAAUGCAUCUGAUCGGAACUCUAAAUCAUCGGUCGAUGGAGCACCGAAUUCGGAAAACAAAUCAAAUCGAAACUCGGGUAUUUCAAAAGUAAGCCAUUUAUGAUUUUUUAUUUGUUUGUUCUUGAAAGAAAAAAAAUGUCUCUAUAUAACAAGGAAAUGUUGUGUUUGUAAAUCUUUUGUGCCGAACUUAGGUUUUAUUGAACGCUUGUUCCCAGUUAUUUAUUCUAUAUGCUACAGUCGGUGAAUUUCACUAGGUUAUAUUCUGC